AGAAAUCCACCGCCCGGUCCGCAGCCGCGCGGGCCCCGCCCCCACAGCGACCCUUGAGGCGUUCGAUUCCAAGGGCAAUCCCACAAGUCGCCCAGCGUUUCUACUCUCCCUCUUAUCAUACCAUUCCUUGCCAUCGGCCAAAGCUAUUCGCAAUUCCCGGAUGGGUAUAAUCCGUCCGAUCUCCGGCUCCCAACCCCUCCACCCCCAAUCCAUCAUUCGUGGUGGUGGCGGCGGCGGCGGCGGAGGAGGAGGAGGAGUUUGAUAGGGAGGGAGGGAGGAAGAGGAAGAGAGGGAUAGGCUCGGCGGCGGCGGAGGCAGCGAGGAGAGAUGCUGGGGUCGGGAUUGAACCUGGUGACGACGGUGAUAGGAUUCGGGAUGAGCGCCACCUUCAUCGUGUUCGUCUGCGCCCGCCUGAUCUGUGGCCGGGCCCGCUCCGCCGACUCCCGGGACGUCGCCUUCGACCUCGAGCUCCGUUCAGAUCUCGAAGCGUCGGAGCAUGGGAUCAGUGGUUUGGAGCCUGUAGUCGUUGCUGCAAUUCCAACAAUGAAGUACAAACGUGAGGCUUUCCAAUCAAGAGAAGAUGCCCAGUGUUCCAUAUGUUUAGGAGAGUAUGAAGAGAAAGAAGUGCUGCGGAUUAUGCCAUCAUGCGGUCACAGCUUUCAUCUUGCCUGCAUUGAUGUGUGGCUGCAAAAACAAGCAACCUGUCCAAUUUGUCGAUUGCCGCUUAAUGACGCCUUUGAUGCAAAAUAUGCUGCAUCUCCCUUAUUUGAUGCCCAUCAUACAGUGGGCAACCCCGAGGGUUCUAGUGAUCGAUCUAACCAGUGGUUACUUCCUGGCCAUCAGCGUUCAGAGGCCAGCGAGAAUAACCAAGAAAUCCAUGAAUCUGUAUCUGUUGUCAUUGCAGUUCCACAUGGAGAAAACCGAGAAGCUAGGGCAUAGUUGAAAAAGGACAUCAUGGGCUAAGUUGAUGAAGCUUAGUGUGUCCAAUAUUUGAAACUGGUUUGUAUCUCCAGGUACGGUAAAAAUUUGAUCUUCGUGGCCCAUUAUAGUCAUGGAAGUUUAUUGGCUUGGAAUCCUGGGAUCUGAUAGAUUUUGUAAAGGAAAUACUUAAAAGCUGAUCUUAAAUCCUCUGCAAGACAUAAAAUUACUUUAGACAGAGUAUCUCUUUAAUCCAUGAGUGUAGACAUUUUUUUAAUGCAAUGGAGGAAUUAAAAGGUGCGGUCUGGCAUCUGGGCAAAUCUGUAAAGUUUGUGACUUUGGAUUAUGUACAAUACUUUGAGAUUGUUUACUUGUU